AUUUUCAGUUGCUGUGAAUAAGCAAGAAUGGUAAUGCAGUUUCAGGGUUUAGAAAAUCCAAUUCAAAUUAGUCCUCACCACAGCCACAUAUCAGCAGGAUUUGUCACAGAAAUGAUGAGCAUGAAGCCUGCUAAAGGUGUGCUCACAGAACAAGUGGCAGGUUCCCUAGGACAGAAUCUGGAUGUGGAACCAUACUCACAAUACAGCAAUGUUCCAUUUCCCCAAGUUCAACCACAGAUUUCCUCAUCAUCCUAUUAUCCCAACCUGGGUUUCUACCCCCAGCAGCCAGAAGAGUGGUACUCUCCUGGAAUAUAUGAACUCAGGAGAAUGCCAGCUGAGUCCCUGUACCAGGGAGAGACUGAAAUGACAGAGAUGCCUGUAACAAAGAAACCCCGGAUGGGUACAUCAGCAGGGAGAAUCAAAGGGGAUGAGCUGUGUGUUGUUUGUGGAGACCGAGCAUCUGGAUACCAUUACAACGCCCUGACCUGUGAGGGGUGCAAAGGUUUCUUCAGGAGAAGUAUCACAAAGAACGCCGUGUACAAGUGUAAAAAUGGGGGCAAUUGUGUGAUGGACAUGUACAUGCGACGAAAGUGUCAAGAGUGCCGGCUAAGGAAAUGCAAAGAGAUGGGGAUGUUGGCUGAAUGUAUGUAUACAGGCUUGCUAACUGAAAUCCAAUGUAAAUCUAAACGACUGAGAAAAAAUGUGAAGCAACAUGCAGAUCAGACUGCUCAUGAGGACAGUGAAGGACGUGACUUGCGACAAGUGACCUCCACGACCAAGUCAUUUAGGGAGAAAACUGAGCUCAGUCCAGAUCAACAGAAUCUUCUCCAUUACAUCAUGGAUUCAUAUAGAAAACAGAGGAUGCCUCAGGAAAUAACAAAUAAAAUUUUAAAAGAAGAAUUCAGUGCAGAAGAAAAUUUUCUCAUUUUAACAGAAAUGGCUACCAGUCAUGUGCAGAUUCUUGUAGAAUUCACAAAAAAGCUGCCAGGCUUUCAGACAUUGGAUCAUGAGGAUCAGAUUGCUUUGCUGAAAGGGUCUGCAGUUGAAGCUAUGUUCCUCCGCUCAGCGGAGAUUUUCAAUAAAAAACUUCCAGCAGGACAUGCUGAUCUACUGGAAGAAAGGAUUCGAAACAGUGGUAUCUCUGAUGAAUAUAUAACACCUAUGUUCAGUUUUUAUAAAAGUGUUGGUGAAUUGAAAAUGACCCAAGAGGAAUAUGCUCUAUUGACAGCAAUUGUCAUCCUCUCUCCAGAUCGACAAUACAUAAAGGACAGAGAGGCAGUAGAGAAGCUCCAGGAACCUCUGCUUGAUGUGCUACAAAAAUUGUGCAAGAUUCACCAACCUGAAAACCCUCAACACUUCGCCUGCCUCCUGGGUCGCUUGACUGAACUGCGGACAUUCAAUCAUCACCACGCGGAGAUGCUGAUGUCAUGGAGAGUGAAUGACCACAAAUUCACGCCACUCCUCUGUGAGAUCUGGGAUGUACAGUGACCCGCAUCCCAAGGGAGGUGGAGGGCCUGGCUUCUUUUCUUCCUUGUAAUAUAAAUCUCAUAUAUGUUUUUCCUUUAUUUCAUUUGUACUUGGUUUUCCUCAAGAAUCUUGAUGAAUAUUUAUGAAGUAAUUAUAUAACUUCCACAAUUGCAAAUACGAACUAGACAGAAUUAUUUUCCCUACACUAUAUUUUGCCAGGCUUCAGGGAGUACUACAUUGGAAUCGGCAUGCCCUGUUUGCCUAAUUAAAUUGAUGGUUACUUCAACUCUACUUAUUAAACUAGGGGAAAAAAAUCAUCUUGUUCUCCAUCUUACCAUAUUGCAUAUAUUUUAUUAAAGAGUUGUGCUCAAUUUUGGCAAUAAACGGAACAUUAUGGCAAUAGG